AUGGCUGUGGAUUUUGUAGCUACGUAUAAAAUCCUGGUUUUAGGAGACAGCAACGUCGGAAAAACAUGCAUAGUGCACAGAUUUUGUGAUGAAACCUAUUACGACACGUACAUUUCUACGAUAGGAAUCGAUUUUAAACAGAAAAUAGUUAAUCUGGAUGGAAUGCCAAUAAAACUUCAAAUAUGGGAUACUGCAGGUCAAGAACGCUUUAGAACCUUAACAACAGCUUACUACAGAGGAGCCAUGGGUAUACUAGUGAUGUAUGACGUCACCAAUAUGGAUUCCUUUAACCAUCUUUCCUAUUGGUUUAGAAAUGUUGAAGAGAAUGCAUCACCAGAUGUCGUGAAAGUUCUUGUAGGCAAUAAAUGUGACAAUUCAAGUUUACGAGUUGUUGAACAAGAACAAGGAAGAAAAGUAGCUGAGAGCUGUGAUGUUCCUUUCUUUGAAUGCAGUUGUAAAGAAGACGUAAAUAUAGAUGAAAUUUUCAUGACUGUGGCAAGGAUGAUCAGGGAACAAAGAGAAAGACGGGCGAGCAAAUUUGACGAAUUCGAGCGACUUCAGUGGGACAAAGCGCACUUAACUCAGCCGAAGCAACAGGAGAGCUACAAAUGCAGCUGCUGAUUGCUCACUCCGCCUUAAUUCGAAGCUCUCUUCAUAACUAAACAAUAGGCUACGAGCUUUUACAUUUCUUUGAGUCAAUAUUCCACCGCAGGACGCCGACUUUCUCUGUAAUAAGCAGCAGUAUUAUGUGGAUUAAAGGAACUCCAAAAAUCCAUUCAUUCCAAAUUUACUUCUGAUUGGUAAUCGGAACAUUACACUUUAUUCAAAUAAUUUUAAAAAAAAGCGCAAUAUAAUUGUUAAUCAAAUUUAAUAUGAUCCAAAAUUCUACUUUUAAAUACUUUUUGCAUAUAUGAAGCUUUUAUUUUCAAGACAAAUAGUUUGUGGCGUACAUGAAUGUAAGGAAAGUGAGCGACGGGUGUUAAAUCCGUGGCUUGUUUUGAUCUGCGGAUCAUUGGUGUGCACAUCCAAUGCUUUACCACCAUUGGCCACACAAGAGGAGUGUCCAGAGGGUCGGGACCCCUCCUCCCAGCAUCAUAAUUUUUUUUCGGUUGUCCAUAGUACUAUUUAUACAGUAGUCAUCUCACCGCGAGCACUGGUAAAGUGCGUGUGACAACGUAGUCAAAAAUUCUUUCAUUACAAGUAUUUCAUGAUUUUGCAUGACUAUGUAAUGCGCAUAUUCUUUCGAGGCAGCGUAAAUCCAUUUUGAUAUUUAGUUGUGAAAAUUCUUUCAAAAUUAUAUUGUAAAAAUCAGUGAUCGAAAUCAUAAAAAAGCUCAUAUUAUCGUCUUUGAUGAAAAACAAAAUAUUUUCGAAGUGAAAGAUUCUCGGUCCACCGCAAAUAACCUGCCUUUUUCUUAAUGUUUGAGUGAUGAAAAAGGUAAAUAGAUAAAAUCUUGUGUUUUCUGGCAAUUUAAUUAAGUAUUUUUUUAAAAAAUAUUUGUUUUAUUAAUUACUGUAAAUUUAUUUACUCAAUAAUUUAUUUUUUAACGUUUUUUGCUCUCAACCUUUGAUAAAGUCAAAAGAAUAUGUUUAACGGCUUAGUGCCCAGGAAAAAACGUUAGGUUUAAACCUGUAUUGAGGUCCAAGUUUUACGAACGUUAGUGCAAUUUUUUCGAAAGGAAAACGUGCAUACUAGUUUAAUGCAGGGACAGUUCAGGUAAUUAACAGGUUUUAAAGAAGGAAAACGUAGCAUUCAAACUUCGCAAAAAAAAAAAAAAAACACAGUUAUUAUACUGGCAAAGGGAUGAUAAUUUCACCAUCGCACCACCGCAGUGAUAUGAUCACUGCAAGGGUAAUUUGAAUUUGUUUACGUUUCAUAGUGACAACCAAUACAGUUUUUUGGCAGGUUUUUCCAAAGG